UGUUGUUUCAGCAUUCGAAUUCAAAUUUAAGUUUUCAUAAAUUUGUAACACACCUCUUAAUUUUUCCAUCAAUUUAAAAGCCGAGUUAAUUAUUUAAAAGAAUCUUUAAAAAUGCAGACACUUUUAAAAUUUAAUGACUACUUUUUAGAAUUGGUUUGAAGAAGCCCUAAUAGAUGCUAAUAACAUGAUAAGCAAAAGGAAAUUAACAAUCAAUAGUUCUCUCAAUGAGUGGUCAGUAAUUAAAAUAAUUAAUCCAAAGGUUAUAUAAACAAGGUAAACAGCUCUUCCAUACAUUACACAUGCAAAUUAAACAUGUCCUCACAUUGGGAAGAUUUUUUCGCCUCACACUUGCCCCCUUCAGAUUUUGAGGAUAAUAGAACAUUAUUAAAGGAAUUCUGUGAGAGACACAAUCAAGAUAAUCAACAAAUCAUCUUGAUAACAUCUGGGGGAACCACAGUUCCUUUGGAACAUAACACAGUAAGAUUUGUAGACAAUUUCAGUGCAGGUACAAGGGGGGCUGCUUCAGCAGAAUAUUUCUUGGAUCAUGAUUGUGUAGUUAUAUUCCUUCACCGGCAUAAAUCACUAGAGCCAUUUACAAGGCAUUUUACUGGUCUACAAUUCAUGGAUAUGCUCGAGUUGCAAGAGGAUGGACAGAACACCACAAUUACAGUCAAGCCUGACAGUGUAGAUGUGGUGGCCCCCAUUUUGAAGAGGUAUAAGGCAAGUCAUGAUACAGGCAAAAUUUUGUAUGUGAAUUUUACAACACUCUCAGAUUAUUUUUGGCUAUUGAGGGCAGCGUGUGAGUGCCUGGCAGAUUAUGGAGCAAGAGCCAUUCUAUAUUUGGCUGCUGCAGUCUCUGAUUUUUAUAUUCCUUCAAGUGAAAUGCCUACACACAAAAUGCAGUCAGAAGCUGGUGCACCAACAAUAUCUUUAAAGCUUGUACCUAAGCUUUUGGCACCUUUAGUUAACUUAUGGAUUCCUCAAGCAUUUGUGGUCUCUUUUAAAUUAGAAACUGAUGAAAACCUUUUGAUUACCAAAUGCAGGGAUGCACUUAAAAAAUAUAAACACAAAUUAGUGAUUGGAAAUAUAUUACAAACAAGAAGAAACAAAGUUGUCUUUGUAUCACCAGAAAACAGUUAUGAAAUCUCAUUAACUAGAGAACAAGUUUUAAAUGGUAUGGAAAUAGAAAGUCAAAUAGUCUCUAAUGUGAUAAGCUGCCAUUCCCACUUUUUAAAAACAAACUAUUGA